GUUAUCCAGAUAUUUUAAUCAAUGUAUACAAGGGAAGAGUCUACAAGAGACUGUUAACACAAGUGGUUUUACAGUUGAUAUUUAUACAGUUUGUACAAGCUGGAAAGUAGGGUGUGACUGGUGUAUGUGUUACCAGAAAGUUCAGUAGAACAAUGGGAUGGCCAGUAGCACAAGAAUUGUCCUGGGCAGUUCUUUCCUGGGGCCAGGGUGUAAAUCCUUUGAUUUGAUAGGGUGUCGACUGUGGUGUAACUUCUCUCCUGUCUGAAGAAUAAUACAAGGAUACAGCAUAGAAUGCAAUACUGAUAUUGUUAUGGUUCUAGUCUUUAAAAUGAUACUAUAAAUGGAAAAAGGCUAAAUUUAAGUUACCAUUGAAAUUGUAACUUUAGCAAAAACACAGAUAAAAAAAUCUGCCUCACCUUUGUCGGGACAGAUUUGUUGGUACAAUAAUUUUGCCUUCGUGACCAGCAUGCCACUUAUAGCAGUGCCUAUCUAGUUGCAUUGCACGCAUAGUUGAGUUGAGUGAUUUGCAUACUUCCGACUUAAAGUGGGGUGUUCAGUAGACGGGUCAGUUCGUAAGUUUGGUGUUCGUAACUCUGAGGUGCUACUAGAUCAAGCAGAUGACUUACUGUAUCCAGUUCUGAAGAAACUUGCACUCUUCUAGUCAGCCUCUGUUUAUUUUAUAAAUUAACAAUUUCCCCUUUUCUUGCACGCACAGAGCCUGACAUCAUCAGCAGCCUCAAUGUCACUAGUGUCAACACAACAUCCAUAUCUCUCAGCUGGACUAAACCACAAGGCAAUAGCACCUCCUAUAGAGUACAGGUACAGGGGACUGGAGUGGACAGAAAUCUGACAGCAAACAGCGAAUCCAUUACUGUGACUAAUCUGACAGCUGGGUCUUUCUACAUGUUCAGUGUCACUGCACGGGCUGCAGAUAACUUGACAGACGGAGACUCUGUUAAUAAAUCUAUAUUGACGAAGCCUGACAUCAUCAGCAGCCUCAAUGUCACUAGUGUCAACACCACAUCCAUAUCUCUCAGCUGGACUAAACCACAAGGCAAUAGCACCUCCUAUAGAGUACAGGUACAGGGGACUGGAGUGGACAGAAAUCUGACAGCAAACAGCGAAUCCAUUACUGUGACUGAUCUGACAGCUGGGUCUUUGUACACCUUCAGUGUCACUGCACGGGCUGCAGAUAACUUGACAGAAGGAGACACUGUUACCAUUAUCAAAUAUACAAGUAAGUGUUUAAAACAGGACAGAUUGUAUUAUUGCUUGACUAAUCUGUGGAGACUCAGGAUUCAGGUUGAUUAUCCAGAUAUUUUAAUCAAUGUAUACAAGGGAAGAGUCUACAAGAGACUGUUAACACAAGUGGUUUUACAGUUGAUAUUUAUACAGUUUGUACAAGCUGGAAAUUCUGAAGAAACUUGCACUCUUCUAGUCAGCCUCUGUUUAUUUUAUAAAUUAACAAUUUCCCCUUUUCUUGCACGCACAGAGCCUGACAUCAUCAGCAGCCUCAAUGUCACUAGUGUCAACACAACAUCCAUAUCUCUCAGCUGGACUAAACCACAAGGCAAUAGCACCUCCUAUAGAGUACAGGUACAGGGGACUGGAGUGGACAGAAAUCUGACAGCAAACAGCGAAUCCAUUACUGUGACUGAUCUGACAGCUGGGUCUUUGUACACCUUCAGUGUCACUGCACGGGCUGCAGAUAACUUGACAGACGGAGACUCUGUUAAUAAAUCUAUAUUGACGAAGCCUGACAUCAUCAGCAGCCUCAAUGUCACUAGUGUCAACACCACAUCCAUAUCUCUCAGCUGGACUAAACCACAAGGCAAUAGCACCUCCUAUAGAGUACAGGUACAGGGGACUGGAGUGGACAGAAAUCUGACAGCAAACAGCGAAUCCAUUACUGUGACUAAUCUGACAGCUGGGUCUUUCUACAUGUUCAGUGUCACUGCACGGGCUGCAGAUAACUUGACAGACGGAGACUCUGUUAAUAAAUCUAUAUUGACGAAGCCUGACAUCAUCAGCAGCCUCAAUGUCACUAGUGUCAACACCACAUCCAUAUCUCUCAGCUGGACUAAACCACAAGGCAAUAGCACCUCCUAUAGAGUACAGGUACAGGGGACUGGAGUGGACAGAAAUCUGACAGCAAACAGCGAAUCCAUUACUGUGACUGAUCUGACAGCUGGGUCUUUGUACACCUUCAGUGUCACUGCACGGGCUGCAGAUAACUUGACAGAAGGAGACACUGUUACCAUUAUCAAAUAUACAAGUAAGUGUUUAAAACAGGACAGAUUGUAUUAUUGCUUGACUAAUCUGUGGUGGAUUUACUCUCCUCUAUCCAAAGAGACUCAGGAUUCAGAGCCUGACAUCAUCAGCAGCCUCAAUGUCACUAGUGUCAACACAACAUCCAUAUCUCUCAGCUGGACUAAACCACAAGGCAAUAGCACCUCCUAUAGAGUACAGGUACAGGGGACUGGAGUGGACAGAAAUCUGACAGCAAACAGCGAAUCCAUUACUGUGACUGAUCUGACAGCUGGGUCUUUGUACACCUUCAGUGUCACUGCACGGGCUGCAGAUAACUUGACAGACGGAGACUCUGUUAAUAAAUCUAUAUUGACGAAGCCUGACAUCAUCAGCAGCCUCAAUGUCACUAGUGUCAACACCACAUCCAUAUCUCUCAGCUGGACUAAACCACAAGGCAAUAGCACCUCCUAUAGAGUACAGGUACAGGGGACUGGAGUGGACAGAAAUCUGACAGCAAACAGCGAAUCCAUUACUGUGACUAAUCUGACAGCUGGGUCUUUCUACAUGUUCAGUGUCACUGCACGGGCUGCAGAUAACUUGACAGACGGAGACUCUGUUAAUAAAUCUAUAUUGACGAAGCCUGACAUCAUCAGCAGCCUCAAUGUCACUAGUGUCAACACCACAUCCAUAUCUCUCAGCUGGACUAAACCACAAGGCAAUAGCACCUCCUAUAGAGUACAGGUACAGGGGACUGGAGUGGACAGAAAUCUGACAGCAAACAGCGAAUCCAUUACUGUGACUGAUCUGACAGCUGGGUCUUUGUACACCUUCAGUGUCACUGCACGGGCUGCAGAUAACUUGACAGAAGGAGACACUGUUACCAUUAUCAAAUAUACAAAGCCUGACAUCAUCAGCAGCCUCAAUGUCACUAGUGUCAACACAACAUCCAUAUCUCUCAGCUGGACUAAACCACAAGGCAAUAGCACCUCCUAUAGAGUACAGGUACAGGGGACUGGAGUGGACAGAAAUCUGACAGCAAACAGCGAAUCCAUUACUGUGACUGAUCUGACAGCUGGGUCUUUGUACACCUUCAGUGUCACUGCACGGGCUGCAGAUAACUUGACAGACGGAGACUCUGUUAAUAAAUCUAUAUUGACGAAGCCUGACAUCAUCAGCAGCCUCAAUGUCACUAGUGUCAACACCACAUCCAUAUCUCUCAGCUGGACUAAACCACAAGGCAAUAGCACCUCCUAUAGAGUACAGGUACAGGGGACUGGAGUGGACAGAAAUCUGACAGCAAACAGCGAAUCCAUUACUGUGACUGAUCUGACAGCUGGGUCUUUGUACACCUUCAGUGUCACUGCACGGGCUGCAGAUAACUUGACAGAAGGAGACACUGUUACCAUUAUCAAAUAUACAAGUAAGUGUUUAAAACAGGACAGAUUGUGUAAUUGCUUGACUAAUCUGUGGUUUCCUGUACGAACUCUGGGCCUCCCUCGCUCAGAGGAUAUGAGUUGGUUUUACUAUGAAGGCUGUUUUUCUGAAGAAACUUGCACUCUUCUAGUCAGCCUCUGUUUAUUUUAUAAAUUAACAAUUUCCCCUUUUCUUGCACGCACAGAGCCUGACAUCAUCAGCAGCCUCAAUGUCACUAGUGUCAACACAACAUCCAUAUCUCUCAGCUGGACUAAACCACAAGGCAAUAGCACCUCCUAUAGAGUACAGGUACAGGGGACUGGAGUGGACAGAAAUCUGACAGCAAACAGCGAAUCCAUUACUGUGACUAAUCUGACAGCUGGGUCUUUCUACAUGUUCAGUGUCACUGCACGGGCUGCAGAUAACUUGACAGACGGAGACUCUGUUAAUAAAUCUAUAUUGACGAAGCCUGACAUCAUCAGCAGCCUCAAUGUCACUAGUGUCAACACCACAUCCAUAUCUCUCAGCUGGACUAAACCACAAGGCAAUAGCACCUCCUAUAGAGUACAGGUACAGGGGACUGGAGUGGACAGAAAUCUGACAGCAAACAGCGAAUCCAUUACUGUGACUGAUCUGACAGCUGGGUCUUUGUACACCUUCAGUGUCACUGCACGGGCUGCAGAUAACUUAACAGAAGGAGGCACUGUUACCAUUAUCAAAUAUACAAGUAAGUGUUUAAAACAGGACAGAUUGUGUAAUUGCUUGACUAAUCUCUGGACUAAACCACAAGGCAAUAGCACCUCCUAUAGAGUACAGGUACAGGGGACUGGAGUGGACAGAAAUCUGACAGCAAACAGCGAAUCCAUUACUGUGACUAAUCUGACAGCUGGGUCUUUCUACACCUUCAGUGUCACUGCACGGGCUGCAGAUAACUUGACAGAAGGAGACACUGUUACCAUUAUCAAAUAUACAAUUGCCCCCUUUCUUGCACGCACAGAGCCUGACAUCAUCAGCAGCCUCAAUGUCACUAGUGUCAACACAACAUCCAUAUCUCUCAGCUGGACUAAACCACAAGGCAAUAGCACCUCCUAUAGAGUACAGGUACAGGGGACUGGAGUGGACAGAAAUCUGACAGCAAACAGCGAAUCCAUUACUGUGACUGAUCUGACAGCUGGGUCUUUGUACACCUUCAGUGUCACUGCACGGGCUGCAGAUAACUUGACAGAAGGAGACACUGUUUCCAUUACCAAACAUACAAAGCCUGACAUCAUCAGCAGCCUCAAUGUCACUAGUGUCAACACAACAUCCAUAUCUCUCAGCUGGACUAAACCACAAGGCAAUAGCACCUCCUAUAGAAUACAGGUACAAGGGGCUGGAGUGAACAGAAAUCUGUCAGCAAACAGCGAAUCCAUUACUGUGACUAAUCUAACAGCUGGGUCUUUGUACACCUUCAAUGUCACUGCACGGGCUGCAGAUAACUUGACAGAAGGGGAAUAUGUGGCUAAAAGUAGCUACACAAAACCUGAGAAAAUAUCCACUGUAAUUCUGGUGUCGAGUGAGCCGAAAAACAGCAGCAUGCUUGUGAACUGGUCUGCUCCAGCAGGAAAUGUUGAAACAUACGAAGUUAAUAUCAAUGGUAGCUUUGGAGAUGGUCAGACCACAAACGUAACUACCAACACAACUUCAUUUCGAUUUGAUGGGCUGAGAGCUGGUAGGAUAUAUAGUGCCACAGUGACAACAAUCAGUGGACCUUUCAGAGUGCAAUCAGGAGUUGUUCAAAAUGCUACCUAUCCCAAUGCACCUGGGAGUAUUUCCAAUGAUUCAAAGACAACUAGCUCCAUCUCAUUAAGAUGGGGAUCGCCUGUCAGCAUGGACCCCAACUCUUUCAACUUCAGUGUCACAUAUAGUUCUAAUGCCUCCGACAGUAAAACAUUGGUGACAACCAAUACCAGUGUUCAGUUAUCUAAUCUACAGUCUGGAACUCUUUACAAUAUGUCAGUGGUCACUAAUGGAGUGAUGGGAUUCCAGAGUGCAGCAGUUACACAGUCAACAUCCACCAGACCCAAUACAGUACAGGAUCUGAAAGCAAACAGUAUAUCAACCACGUCCAUUGAACUCAAAUGGGGAAAACCUCAGGAUUACAAGACAGGGUAUAAAUACAGAGUCCAGGCAUCAAACAGCUCUGGUGGUGUUGCCUUUAAUACAGUAGUUAAUUCUGAGAAUGCUACAGUCAGUGCACUUGAAGCAGGCACAUGGUAUAACCUCACUGUUACAACACUGACAUCUGAUUAUACUGAUGGAACAUCCUCAGCGAUCAUUAUCUAUACAAGACCCACAACAGUGACCAACUUAAAGGCAGCAGCUCUCAACAGCACAGCUGUAAAUCUGACAUGGGCCAGACCAGCUGAUUUCAAGCCUGGAUAUUCUUAUCGGCUUCAAACCACUGGCCCUGCAGCUCCCCAGAAUGUCACGGUCACUGUGGAGAAUGCCAUCAUCACUGGACUGACUCCCGGAACCAACUUCAGCUUCAGUGCAUUCACUCGGGCAGCAGACAACACCACAGAAGGGGAUCCAGCAACAACCACCAGUUACACAAAACCUGAGAAAAUAACCACUAUAAUUCUGGUGUCGAGUGAGCCGAAAAACAGCAGCAUGCUUGUGAACUGGGCUGCUCCAGCAGGAAAUGUUGAAACAUACGAAGUUAAUAUCAGUAGUAGCUUUGGAGAUGGUCAGACCAAAAACGUAACUACCAACACAACUUCAUUUCGAUUUGAUGGGCUGAGAGCUGGUAGGAUAUAUAGUGCCACAGUGACAACAAUCAGUGGACCUUUCAGAGUGCAAUCAGGAGUUGUUCAAAAUGCUACCUAUCCCAAUGCACCUGGGAGUAUUUCCAAUGAUUCAAAGACAAAUAGCUCCAUCUCAUUAAGCUGGGGAUCGCCUGUCAGCAUGGACCCCAACUCUUUCAACUUCAGUGUCACAUAUAGUUCUAAUGCCUCCGACAGUAAAACAUUGGUGACAACCAAUACCAAUGUUCAGUUAUCUAAUCUACAGUCUGGAACUCUUUACAAUAUGUCAGUGGUCACUAAUGGAGUGAUGGGAUUCCAGAGUGCAGCAGUUACACAGUCAACAUCCACCAGGCCCAAUACAGUACAGGAUCUGAACGCAAGCAGUAUAUCAACCACGUCCAUUGAACUCAAAUGGGGAAAACCUCAGGAUUACAAGACAGGGUAUAAAUACAGAGUCCAGGGACAAAACAGCUCUGGUGGUGUUGUCUUUAAUACAAUAGUUAAUUCUGAGAAUGCUACAGUCAGUCCACUUGAAACAGGCACACGGUAUAACCUCACUGUUACAACACUGACAUCUGAUUAUACUGAUGGAACAUCCUCAGCGAUCAUUAUCUAUACAAGACCGAAUGCUGUGAAGAAUCUGAACACAAGUGAUGUUUCCACUUCAGAUGUAGUUCUGGGAUGGAUUGAACCGGAUGAAAAAAAAGAUUACUACAGAUACCUUUUAAAAACCACUGCCGAAUCAUCUUCCACACAGAUUGCAAACAUGAUCUGCAAUAAAACAUCCUGUUCUGUGUCUAACCUGACACCAGGAUCUUCUUAUACUUUCACAGUGUUUACACUGACGCCUGAUAACACAACCAGUGAUCCUCAGUCUCUGACUCAGUGCACCACUGCUGAAUCUGUACAAGUUCUUAACUGUACCGGCGAGGAUAAAAAACCAAUUCUAACGUUUCAGUUGGGCUGCCCCAAAGGUUCAAAUAAAGGCUUUGAAAUCUUGAACAACAAUACAAAUGCAGUGGAAUAUGCAUCAUUUUGUAAUGGACAAACCACUGGACAGUACACAAUGUCCAACCUGAAUUAUUUUACCACAUACCAUAUUGAAAUAAAGACUCUGGGAUGUGGAAAAAACAGUACAGUUCUUCCAACAGAUUGCCAAACUGGAAAGACAGACCCCCCAGAACCUCCAGCAAACACAACUGUAUUAUUCUACAAAAUGGGUACUCAUGAAACCAUUACAUUUGAGUUCAAUUCCGCUAUCUUUGACGAAAAGAAUGGACCCAUUACUAACUAUGCUGUAAUAGUCACCACCAACACAGAUCAAAUUAGACCUUUAAAUAGUGUUCUUGGCAAAACAUAUAAUGACAAGGACACUCAAACUAAAAGCUAUGUGGCAAAGAUCAUAAACAAUACUGGGAGCAGAGCAGCUGAAACGAAACAAAAUGUUGUCAUAGGAGAUGAGAGUUCUUAUCAAGAUUACUAUAAUGGAAAACUGACUCCUAAAGAAGGCUACAGGGUCAGCAUUGCAGGAUUUACUAAAUUAGUGAUGAAGAACCAACGCAUUAGUCAAGAAGAGUCCCUCAUAUCUUGCUCCCCCUAUUCACAGAUCAUCUAUUUAUCUGAAAACCCAGCUGUGAUUGGAGCAGCUGUAGGUGGGACCCUGGGUGUUCUUGUGGUUCUCAUUCUCAUCACAGUCAUUCUGUUUGUUUACUGGAAGAGACGGAGCCCAGCCAAAACCUCCGAUAUUCAUAUUCCCACCAUCCGACCCAAGACCUCCCAUCCAAUAAAGGUCGAACACUACGAGGCCUACUAUAAGAAACAACAUGCAGAUUCAAACUGCGGGUUUGCAGAAGAAUUUGAGGAUCUGAGGCCUAUCGGAAUAAACCAGACCAAGAACGCUGCCCUUGCUCCUGACAAUAAAGUGAAGAACCGCUACAACAACGUGUUGCCCUAUGAUUCCUCUCGCGUCAAGCUUUCUAUGCGGAAUAGUGCAUCCGAUGACUACAUCAAUGCCAAUUACAUGCCUGGGUAUGACUCGAAGAAGAAGUUCAUUGCUGCGCAGGGACCCUUGCCUGGUACUGUGAAUGAUUUCUGGAGGAUGAUCUGGGAACAGAAUGUGUACACUCUUGUCAUGCUGACCAGGUGCAACGAACAAGGACGGGUAAAAUGUGAAGAAUAUUGGCCUUCCAGUAAUCCCAAGACCUAUGGUGAUGUGACAGUGAUCUUGACUUCUGAAAUCCCCCUCAAUGAGUGGACUAUCAGGGAAUUCAAAAUGAAAAACACAAAGACAGCAGAGAGCCGUACUGUACGACACUUCCAUUUUACUGCCUGGCCUGACCAUGGGGUGCCAGAGACCACAGAACUGCUGAUUAAUUUCAGACAUUUAGUGAGAGAGCACAUGGACCAGUACUCCCGAAACUCACCCACUGUGGUCCACUGCAGCGCUGGAGUUGGGCGCACAGGAACCUUAAUCGCCAUUGACCAGCUCAUCUACCAGAUUGAGCGGGAGAGCGUGGUGGAUAUCUACGGGAUAGUUCACAACCUUCGAAUGCACAGGCCGCUCAUGGUGCAAACAGAGGACCAGUAUAUCUUUUUAAACCAAUGUGCAAAGGACUUCAUCAGAUCCAGGACUGGCAACAAUGUGGACCUGAUCUACCAGAACACAGCAGCCAUGGGUAUCUAUGAGAACUUUACACCUACCAAAACCCAGAAUGGACACCACUGUUAGCCAACCUGAAAUCUGCUGCCUAGACUAAGACUGCACUGCAUUUUUGAACGUUGUUCCUGAGAAUUUUUUAUAAAAGGUGUAGAUGUAUGUAUUGAUUUGUUUUACAAGACUUUGUCGAUUUGUAUCAUUCACCAAAUACGGUUGAAAACAUACCAGUUCCAUAUUUUAUCACAUACAGAGGCUGAAUCAACCAGAAGGUGUUGACUAAAUCAACGACUUUCCAGCUUUGAUUUAUUUGUAGUAUGUUCAUGAAGUCACACCGAAGUAUACAAUGUUAGUUUUGGUAAAGGAAAGUUUUAUCUUAACUAUCUCUGUCUUAAACUUCCCAGUGAUUUAUUAAUGCUGACACUGCUGCUUUACUUGUCAAUCCAACAGCUUUUCAGACAGCCCGAUACAGGGCUGAGUGAAGCUCAAACAGCCCUCUGGUGGCCAAUUGGGAUACUUCUGCUCAGCUUGAGUUUACUUUGAUAGUCUACUUAUGUGUUUGGAAGGAAAGGGAAAGGAAAAAAAACUGCCAAAUGAUUUAUUACAGCUCUGCAAAAAUAUGUUCAGGCACUCAUUUGUAUGCUAUAAAUAUGUUAGUGACCAAACCUACUUACUGGCAAAGCAGUCAUUCCACUGAAGAUGUAAUUCAUAUUUCAAGAGACCCAGUUCAUAUUCCCUAGGUCUGCUGAAGAGCAUUGACACCUGAUAAAAUUUUAGCUGAAGUUGGAGGAUUGUUUUGAUAUAUGAACUGUGAUUUAGGAUGGAUUUUGAUACUGUUUUUGGUGCAAUAUGAGAUUUCUUGCUGUACAUAAAGUAACGUGACACUUUUUUAGUUUAAGUUAUUUCUGAUUCUGACCUAUAAUUGAAGAUUGAUAGCAUGAACAGAAGUGUCAAGUUACUUAUCUCACUCAGGUCACCUCGCUCUUAUUCUUUUACCUUUUUGAAGGUGCCAGGUGUGACAUUUUUUUUUUUUUUUUUUGAGAAAGAUGCUUAAACUAAUUCUAAUUUUUUUUUUGAAUAUAGAUGUUAUAUAAUAUAGUUAAUAUAUAUAUAAUAUAUAUAUAUAUAUAUAUAUAUAUAUAUAAAUAUGACAAGACCCAAAGAUUGCCUGCUGUCUUAAAUAAGAAGUAGCCCUUAAAAAUGGAAUCUCUUUUCAAUGUAACUGUAGCUGCUUUAUAGUUAUGCACUGUACAGAUUACUAUCUUUGACAGAAAUAGGAAAGUAUGUGUGUGCAAGACUAGUGCACCUUAUGAUACAACUGUCAAAUCAUGGAAGCGUUUGUUUUUGUUCUGAUGCACUGGUUGCAUCAAAGUGCUUUCUUUUUUCUACUGAAAUCUAUUUUAUCUUUUUAAAAAUGCUCAUUGAUUGAAUAUAAUAGUAAUGAUUGUCAAAAACAUAUGGACUGUGUAAUAUAAAAUAUAUUGAAUACAAAGGUCAACAGAAGCCAAACUGAAAAUAAAAUCCUGUGUUCAGUACCAGUUAGCUGUAUGGUCUGUGCAGAUUUGCUCCAUUUCUAAAUGUUAGCUGUUUUUGAAACUAAAAACCACUGCAAGUAUCUUAAGUAUAAAAUUAAGAAAGUCACUGUUACAGCACAGUAGCUAGGAGCCUUAGUUAAAGCACUAUAAGAAAUGGCACUAAAUUGCAAUCACAAUCAUACAUUUGCCUUAUAAGCACCUUCUAUUACAGAACACAUUGUUUUGAGUUUAUUUUGAGAUUAACUUGUAACUUGUAUUGAAUAUCAUAUAAGAGCAGCUCAAACCAGGCUCAUAACUCAAAUUACAUCAUGGUUUUUCUUGCAAAUAACAAAACAUUACCAAAUAUGGCAUUCAAUUGCCUUAGCCUUCCCGUACUGUUUAACUAGGUGUCCGACUUAGGAUAGAGAUCCAGUAAGUAUCUGACCCAGCACUUGAAGCCUUGCAACUUCAAAUAGUAGCCGAGCACUUUAAUAAUAAUAAUGAAAUGGGAAGAUCCAUUAGGCCGCUUCUAAGUUUAGAUCAUAAUAACCAGCAUCUGAAAAAUCUGAACCUGAUUCAAGGUGUGGGACAUGCAUUGUGUAGCACCUAACCAUCUUGCCCUUUACCACUCAUCACUGUCAUUUCAAGUCGACCUGCAGCUAGAGAGGAUGGAGAUCUACAGCUCCUGAGUAUGUGAACUCCAACAAACACAUAUGUGCAUGCUGUGCCGACAUGGUGGAGAGCAUUGUGGCCGCCUCUCUCCGUUGCUAGGGCAUUUGCUUUUAAGUUGAUGGCAGUCCUUUAGGUAGCUUAAGGAUGUACGUGAUAUUGGCGUUCACAUACCUUUGUACACAGGCCCCUAUUCUAAUAAGUGAAAUAAAAAGCACUCUAUGUGUAGCAUAUGGCUGGGUUACAUACAUUGUAUAGUAUGCAGCUCUUGCAUAUUAUCAGUAACAGCAUAGUAUACUAAAUAGAAUGCUACCACCUGCAUAUAUAAUGCUUGUAACGUGUAGAUAUUAUACAUACAUUUCUACCAAAAUUCUUGAUAGUGCAAAUCAUACAGUAAUUUUUUAAUAUGUCCUCGAAGGCUCAAAAAGCUGUUUCUUAAAUGGGAGCAUCACAUUUCCUUGCAGUGGUUUCAGAGAGAUGUUACCUAGGUUGUUGUCAAAGGACCACAGGAGUUUUAAAGACAGUAUUCUAGAAGGAGGCGGGCUCACUCACACACUAGAUGAGCUACGUAGCCCCCAAAGAUAUUUCCGUCAUUGGAGUAUAAUUGUUUGUAUAGGUUCUAAACGAAUAUGUAUAGUUUUACCAAAGUGCACUUGUGCAUUGGUAUACCCUUCUGGUGUAGCAUGUCUCACAGUUUUAAGAGGAAAUGAAGUGUACAGUGCAACGUCUUACGAUGUAACCAUUCUAUUUUGUUUGUGUUGCCACUAUUUUAAAAGUUGUAUUUGCUGGAUGUAUUUAUUGUAUUUUAUUUUCCUUUUUAUUAUGAUAAUUUGAAUAUAUUUUAAUGAUUGCAAGCA